GCGUAAUUUAAUAAUUUGACAGAUCCCCGAAGCAGCCGGAGAAAAUAUUAUAAUUUUUUAAAGCUGUAAAAAUAAAAAUUUACAAAAUAUUCGUUCAUAUAUUAGCUAAGAAAAUCAUAAAUCACCAUGGCGGAUGCAGCAGCUCGUCAGCUGCAAUAUGAAUACAAAGCGAAUUCCAAUCUUGUGCUGCAAGCUGAUGUGCGACUCAUUGAACGUCCACGUCGCGAUGAGGCUACCGGAGAAGUGGUAUCGCUGGUCGGUAAGUUGGAGGGCACACGCAUGGGCGAUCGCUAUCAGCGCACAAAGCCCGAAAAAAUGGAAGAACGUAAAGCCAAACGUCAGAAAAGAGAUGAAGCGCAAUAUGAUUUCGAGCGCAUGAAAGGCGCCACAUUGCUGUCCGAAGGUAUAGAUGAAAUGGUCGGCAUUGUGUACCGACCCAAGACACAGGAAACGCGACAGACAUAUGAGGUGCUCUUAAGUUUUAUACAAGAAGCGCUGGGAGACCAACCGCGCGACAUUUUGUGUGGUGCGGCAGAUGAAAUUUUAGCGGUGUUAAAGAAUGAUAAGCUUAAAGACCGCGAACGCAAGCGUGAAAUAGACAGUUUGUUAGGCUCAGUAACCGAUGAGAGAUUCGCUUUGUUGGUCAACCUCGGUAAGAAAAUCACAGACUUUGGUUCAGAUGCCGUGAACGCUUUAAACAUCGCUGGCAAUGAAGAGCAAAUUGAUGAAACUUAUGGUAUAAAUGUGCAAUUUGAGGAAUCUGAGGAAGAAAGUGAUAACGAUAUGCAUGGUGAAAUUCGUGACGAAGAUGGACAAGAAGAGGGCGAGGAAGCGCGCAUUGACCACACGCUGCAUGCAGAAAACCUACUCACUGAGGAGGCGGCCAAUGUGAAGAAAGAACGUGGUCUACAUCCAUUAGAUAUCGACGCGUACUGGUUACAGCGUUGCCUAAGUAAAUACUACAAAGACGCCAUGGUAUCACAAAGCAAAGCCGCCGAUGUGCUAAAAAUUCUCAAAGACGCUUCCGACGAACGAGACUGCGAGAAUCAGCUUGUACUUUUGCUAGGCUACGACUGUUUCGACUUCAUAAAACAGUUGAAGAACAAUCGGCAAAUGAUUUUGUAUUGCACAAUGUUGGCCUCAGCGCAAACCGACAGCGAGCGACAACGCAUACGGGAAAAGAUGCGCAAUGACAACCAUUUAGCAAAGAUAUUGCGUCAAUUGGAUACUGGCAAGGCGGAAGAGGAUGACUAUGGCAAUUCAUCGCGCACAAACAAACGUGGAAAGGAGGAAAACGAUGACUCUGGCCAAGGCACGGCCGGUCAGGUGGCAGGUGUACGCCAAGUGCUCGAGUUGGAGGAAUUGGCGUUUACGCAGGGAUCCCAUUUCAUGGCAAACAAGAGGUGUCAACUGCCGGACGGUUCGUUCCGCAAACAGCGCAAAGGCUACGAGGAAGUGCAUGUGCCCGCAUUGAAACAAGUGCCUUUCGAGGACAAGGAGGAACUGCAACCGAUCGAUAAACUGCCAAAAUAUGUGCAGCCCGUCUUUGAAGGCUUUAAAACACUCAAUCGCAUACAAAGCCGUCUGUGGAAGGCCGCGCUGGAUAGCGAUGAGAAUAUGUUGCUGUGUGCGCCCACCGGUGCUGGUAAAACGAACGUUGCUUUGCUCACAAUGAUGCGCGAAAUCGGCAAACACAUCAAUGAGGAUGGCACAAUCAACGUGGACGAGUUUAAGAUCAUCUAUGUGGCGCCCAUGAAGUCUUUGGUACAGGAAAUGGUGGGCAACUUUGGCCGUCGCUUGUCGUGCUAUAAUUUGACCGUGUCCGAGUUGACUGGUGAUCACCAACUGACACGGGAGCAAAUCGCCGCCACACAAGUAAUCGUGUGCACACCAGAAAAAUGGGAUAUUAUCACACGUAAGGGUGGCGAAAAGACAUUCACAAGUCUAGUGCGUCUAGUGAUCAUCGAUGAAAUUCACUUGUUGCACGAUGAGCGCGGUCCAGUGCUGGAAGCGCUUGUUGCACGUACCAUACGCAAUAUUGAGACCACACAGGAGGAUGUGCGGUUGGUCGGUUUGUCCGCCACGUUGCCUAACUAUCAGGAUGUCGCAACAUUCCUUCGCGUUAAGCCAGAUAAGGGACUGUUUUAUUUCGAUAACAGCUUCCGGCCAGUGGCGUUGGAGCAGCAGUACAUCGGUGUCACCGAGAAGAAGGCGCUCAAGCGUUUCCAAGUCAUGAAUGAGAUCGUGUACGAGAAGACCAUGGAACACGCAGGUCGCAAUCAGGUGCUUGUCUUCGUGCACUCGCGCAAAGAGACGGGUAAGACGGCGCGCGCCGUGCGUGACAUGUGUCUGGAGAAGGACACGCUUGGCAGUUUUCUGCGCGAAGGAUCGGCCAGCAUGGAAGUGUUGCGCACGGAGGCGGAGCAGGUGAAGAACACGGAGUUGAAAGAGCUGCUGCCAUAUGGCUUCGCUAUACAUCACGCUGGUAUGACGCGUGUCGACCGUACAUUGGUGGAGGAUCUCUUCGCCGAUCGUCAUAUACAGGUUCUGGUGUCCACAGCCACACUGGCUUGGGGUGUUAAUUUGCCAGCACAUACAGUCAUCAUCAAAGGAACUCAAGUUUACAAUCCGGAAAAGGGUCGUUGGGUGGAAUUGAGCGCACUGGACGUUCUACAGAUGUUGGGUCGUGCUGGUCGUCCACAAUACGAUACCAAAGGCGAAGGCAUACUCAUCACCAAUCACAGCGAAUUGCAAUUCUACCUUUCACUGCUUAAUCAACAGCUGCCCAUCGAAUCGCAAUUCGUAUCCAAAAUGCCAGACAUGUUGAAUGCUGAAAUCGUGCUGGGCACAGUGCAGAACCUUAAAGACGCCGUUCAUUGGUUGGGUUAUACCUAUCUCUACAUACGCAUGUUGCGCAAUCCCACGCUCUAUGGUAUCUCGCACGACGCCAUACGCGACGAUUCGCUGUUGGAGCAGCAUCGCGCGGAUCUUAUACACACUGCCGCGCUGCAUUUAGAUCGCAGCGGUCUCGUCAAGUAUGACCGCAAGAGCGGCCAAUUCCAAGUGACCGAGUUGGGUCGCAUAGCUUCGCAUUACUACUGCACGCACGAAACCAUGAUGACUUAUAAUCAAUUGCUGAAGCAAACGCUGAGUGAGAUCGAGCUGUUCCGCGUGUUCUCACUCUCUUCGGAGUUCAAGCACAUUGCUGUGCGCGAGGAGGAAAAGUUGGAGUUGCAAAAGCUUAUGGAACGUGUACCCAUACCCAUCAAAGAGUCAAUGGAAGAGCACAGCGCCAAGGUGAAUGUGUUGUUGCAAGCAUACAUAUCGCAAUUGAAACUGGAAGGUUUCGCUCUCAUGUCCGAUAUGGUCUUCAUAACGCAGUCUGCGUCGCGUUUAAUGCGCGCCAUCUUCGAAAUCGUACUCUACCGUGGCUGGGCGCAACUGGCUGACAAAACGUUAACGCUCUGCAAGAUGAUUGACCGCCGUAUGUGGCAGUCUAUGACGCCACUGCGGCAAUUCAAGAAAAUGCCCGAUGAAAUAGCUAAGAAGUUGGAGAAGAAAAACUUCCCAUGGGAACGCCUGUAUGAUCUGGAGCCCAAUGAGAUUGGCGAGUUGAUACGCGUGCCAAAGUUGGGCAAGACAAUACACAAAUUUGUACACCAAUUUCCGAAGUUGGAGCUUUCCACGCACAUACAGCCUAUAACGCGUGCCACACUGCGUGUCGAACUCACGAUUACGCCCGAUUUCCAAUGGGAUGAGAAGGUACAUGGUUUAUCCGAAGGAUUUUGGAUUCUCAUUGAGGAUGUGGACUCCGAAGUGAUUUUGCAUCAUGAAUUCUUUUUGCUGAAGGAGAAAUACUCACAGGAUGAGCACCAAAUAAAGUUCUUUGUGCCAGUCUUCGAGCCAUUGCCACCGCAAUAUUUCUUACGCAUCGUCUCUGAUCGUUGGAUCGGUUCGGAAACACAAUUGCCGGUCUCUUUCAGACAUUUAAUAUUACCCGAGAAGAAUAUGCCACCAACAGAGCUGCUCGAUCUGCAACCGUUGCCCAUCUCUGCGCUGCGCAAACCGAAAUUCGAGGAAUUUUACGUUGACCGUUUCCCACAAUUCAAUCCCAUACAGACGCAGGUUUUCAAUGCCGUCUACAACAGCGACGACAAUGUGUUUGUGGGCGCACCUACCGGUUCCGGCAAAAUGACCAUCGCCGAGUUCGCCAUCAUGCGUCUGUUUUCACAGCAAGCCGAAGGCCGUUGUGUCUACUUGGUGUCGAAAGAAGCGCUCGCCGAUCUCGUAUUUGCCGAUUGGCAUGCAAAGUUCGGCGGUCUUUCACUAAAGGUCGUUAAGUUAACCGGUGAAACUGGCACCGAUCUGAAAUUGCUAGCCAAAGGUCAAAUUAUUGUUACAACCGCAGACAAGUGGGAUGUGCUAUCGCGUCGUUGGAAGCAACGGAAGAACGUGCAAGCGGUCAAUCUCUUUAUAGUGGACGAAUUGCAAUUGGUUGGUGGCGAAGACGGUCCAGUUUUGGAAGUUGUUUGUUCGCGCAUGCGCUACAUUUCGUCGCAAAUUGAGAAACAGAUACGCAUCGUGGCGCUCUCCUCCUCGUUGGCCGAUGCGCGCGAUGUCGCACAAUGGCUGGGCUGCAACGCCAACGCAACAUUCAAUUUCCACCCGAGUGUGCGUCCCAUACCGCUGGAGUUACACAUUCAAGGCUACAGCAUCACACACAACGCCACGCGCAUUGCUUCCAUGUCGAAGCCCGUAUAUAAUGCGAUCAUCAAAUACAGUCCACACAAACCCGUCAUCGUCUUUGUCUCAUCACGCAAACAAGCGCGUCUCACGGCCAUCGAUAUACUGACAUACAGCGCUUCGGACAUGCAACCGAAUCGUUUCUUCCACGCCGAAGAGGAAGACAUCAAACCAUUCCUCGACCGUAUGUCCGAUAAGACGUUGAAAGAGACGCUCUCGCAAGGCGUGGCAUACAUACAUGAGGGACUUACGGCCUCCGAUCACCGCCUGGUGGAGCAGCUUUUCGACUCCGGAGCUGUGCAAGUGGCAGUGGUGGCACGCGAUCUCUGCUGGGGCAUGAGUAUUUCGGCGCAUUUGGUCAUAAUUAUGGACACACAAUUCUACAAUGGCAAAAAUCAUUCCUAUGAAGACUACCCCAUAACGGAUGUGCUGCAAAUGAUCGGACGUGCCAAUCGUCCCAUUGAAGACGCGGACGCUAAAUGUGUACUCAUGUGUCAAUCAUCCAAGAAGGACUUCUUUAAGAAAUUCAUAAAUGAGCCACUUCCGAUUGAGAGUCACUUGGACCAUCGUUUACACGAUCACUUCAAUGUGGAGGUGGUCACCAAAACCAUCGAGAACAAACAGGACGCGGUCGAUUAUCUCACUUGGACAUUCUUAUACAGACGUCUCACACAAAAUCCCAACUAUUACAACUUACAGGGUGUUACACAUCGUCAUCUCUCCGAUCACCUGUCCGAGUUGGUCGAAAAUACACUUUCCGACUUGGAACAGUCCAAGUGUAUUAGCAUUGAGGACGACAUGGACACGCUUCCGUUGAAUUUGGGCAUGAUUGCGGCAUAUUAUUACAUCAAUUACACAACAAUUGAACUCUUCAGCUUAUCGCUUAAUAGUAAGACUAAAGUGCGUGGUUUGCUCGAGAUCAUCUCAUCGGCAGCAGAGUAUGAGGACAUUGUUGUACGCCAUCACGAAGAAAACAUUCUGCGCACACUCUCCCAACGUUUGCCGAACAAAUUGACCGGUCCCAACGAUUCGGCGCCAAAAUUCAAUGACCCCCACAUCAAAACAAACUUGUUGCUGCAAGCCCACUUAUCACGUUUGCAAUUGGGCCCCGAACUACAGGGUGACACAGAGCUAAUUUUGGGUAAAGCUAUACGCCUCAUACAGGCCUGUGUUGAUGUGCUCAGUUCCAAUGGCUGGCUCUCGCCGGCUGUGGCUGCCAUGGAGUUGGCGCAAAUGGUUACGCAAGCCAUGUGGAGCAAGGACUCCUACUUAAAACAGUUGCCGCACUUCACAGCCGACAUCAUCAAGCGUUGCACAGAGAAGAAAAUCGAAACUGUUUUCGAUAUCAUGGAGUUGGAGGACGACGACCGCUCACGUCUCCUGCAGCUAACUGACGCACAAAUGGCCGAUGUGGCGCGCUUCUGUAACCGUUAUCCGAACAUAGAAAUGAACUUCGAAGUGCUGGAUAAGGAUCGCAUCAAUUCCGGUUCCACAGUGAAUGUCGUCGUGCAACUGGAGCGUGAAGACGAAGUUACCGGACCAGUCAUUGCGCCAUUUUUCCCACAGAAACGCGAGGAAGGCUGGUGGGUGGUCAUUGGUGAUCCGAAAACAAACUCACUGCUCUCCAUCAAACGUCUGACGCUGCAGCAGAAGGCGAAAAUCAAAUUAGAUUUUGUAGCGCCCAGCCCCGGCCGGCACGAAUACACGCUGUACUACAUGAGCGAUUCAUAUUUGGGCUGCGAUCAGGAGUACAAAUUCUCCAUCGAGGUUGGCGACUUCCAGUCGGAGAGUGAAAGCGAAUCGGAAUAAACUGAUAAUAAUUAUAUUCGGUCUUCACGUAGUCUUAGUUCAACGUUUGUCGUAGAUUUCUGCAUAAAUUUGCAUGUCUCAAGUGUGCGCGUGUUUGUAAUAAACAAAGAAAAACAAACAAA